GGAAAACGGACGCGUUCCUAUGACAACCAGCUCAACAAGGUGUGUUGCCAUUAGCAACCAAACUAUCGUUCGGGUCUGAGGGCUUCUGUUAGCCGUUAGCUCGUAGCAAGUAGUUUAAAACACAAGAUAACGUGAGGAUAAUUAAGAUAUUAAGUCGGGUAUUACAUAAACAAUGGACUCAAAUACGCUAUACUAUUCUUUAGAACUCGUAGCCGGCAGUGGAAACACUUUAACUGUUGAGCAAAGAACCGCUCUGCAGACUUCCUUAGUGAUCCUGAAGAAAAACUACAAGUUCCAUCGAGUCUUGUUUUGGGGCAAAAUACUGGGACUUAAGGAGGACUAUUUUAUCGCUCAGGGGAGAGGAGAAGAUGAGAUGCAGGAUAAAAAGAAUCUGUAUAGCUUCAACUGCAUGGACUGGUUCCUGGUCCCCCCUGCAACAGACUCUAUGAUCGAGGAAGUGUCCAAAGCUGCCAAGGGUCGCUUCAUUGGGGACCCCUCUUACGUGUAUGCGCAACUUCAGAUCCGCAGGCAAGGAGAGGGGGAUGAUGCUGUAGAAGAAGAGGUAGAGUUCAAAGUGAAUGAAGAGAGCAGGCUGGCAGUGACAGUGCAUCAGAUCGAUGAGGAAGUGUCUGUGGUACCACGCGGCGCCUUCAUCAAGAGCCCACAUGGCCUCGUCCAGAUCAACCGCAGCUUUGCUGGUCUGUCUCACUCAGAAGCAGGGAAGCUUGACAACUUCCUUCACUUCAGCAAAGCAAAUAAUCUGAAGAAAAAAUCCAUCCUGGUAAUGGGUGAUUUGAAUCCAGCGGUGGACUUCCUUGAUGUACUGAGUGAUGACAUUCCUGAAGGAUCAUGGAGUCUUCAGUUUGAACGUGCCAGCACAGUGUGCGUGCUUCGCAGCCUGUUGUGGCUUGGCCUGACCUUCUACCACAUGCCAAUGACGCCACAGCAUGGAUACAUCUAUAUCGGCGAUGGGAGCAAGAAUCUGGACCUUCCCUUCAUGCUAUAGAAGAGGCAUCUUACAUCUGUUUCAAGCUAAGAAUUCUUUAUGUUUCUCAGAUGUUUGUUCACAUCAUUUCUCAAAAUGUAUUCUAUGUAACAUGUUCCAGGACUUUUUGUUGGUCUUAUCUUGACACAAAUAAACUAAAGACGUACAGUCGUGCA